GCUGCGUGUCCCUUCAUCAGCCCACUCCACUCUCAGUGUAACUCCCAAGUAACCGCUAGUCUCUUCCGUAUUUUCGUAUUCCAGUUUUUCUCUACCUAGUCAGCACGUUGCUUUAUCUUUUGGUCUUGCAAUCGCUGCAUGUAUGGUCAUGUUCCUUGUUCUGAAGAAAGAUAAAAAAAUGAUAUGCACCACGAGGUGCCUGGACCCGCCGAUCGAAUUGCCACAGGAGUUGAGCUUAACAUGUGAAAUUUCAAAAAAGAAGAUAAAUAGUCUUUCUGAAUUUCCCCAAUUUUCACUAACUCCGGUCCCAAAUAAUUUACACGAAAAGUCUGAGUGGGGGAACUUUUUGAAUUACCUAUGUAAAAAUGACAAGGUUGCUCUUAUAAACUUUGAGCAGUACCAGUUUUACAUUCUACCUCCUGCGUCAGUUUCAACAUCAAGCCCAGUCAACGUUGCAUAUAAUAUAGAUAAUACAGGUUCUGUAGAUAAUCGUCCAAGGGAUUGUGAAUCAGGUUCACACUUAGAGGAAUGCGUUGGACCAAAUACAGCUGAAGGUCUUAAGUUUUCGCGAGCUGAAGAAACUCGCAACGAAUUUCAAUCUCGAGUCCCUCUAAAAAAUUUCAUACGGGCAGACCCAAGUUACCUGAAAACUCUUGGCCAGGCUCAUUCUGGAUGGAUUUUUGGAGGAAUAGCUGAGCUUGUUGAUAAUUCCAAGGACGCCAAAGCAGCUAAAAUGGACAUUUUUGUAGAUAUCAUCCAGUUGAAGAAAUCUGGGAAGGAUGUUCCGAUGCUGUGUCUUAUUGAUGAUGGUCAAGGGAUGAACCAUGAUGAGAUUUUGAAAAUGGUAUCUUUUGGACAUAAGCAAUCUGAUAAAGUUGACAAGGACCACAUUGGCAAAUUUGGUGUUGGAUUUAAAACAGGAGCAAUGAGGCUUGGGAGAGAUGUUCUGGUUCUAACACAAACAACUACUUCCAGAUCUCUAGCUUUUCUUUCACAAUCAUUGAAUGAAGGCAAAGAUAAUAUUGAAAUUCCCAUAGUUACCUAUUGUCGACAAGGACAACGUAUGGAGGUUGACCUACGUAUGCAGUCUGAAGCUUUGGCAAAAUACAAUUUGAAAGCUAUUAAGGAUUUUUCACCAUUUAACAAGUAUCUUAUUGGUGAAAAGGCAGCCUUGUUUGGUACCGGUACAGGAACACAAAUAUACAUAUGGAACUUGGAUGAAUGGGGAUCAAAGUAUUGUUUAGAAUGGCAUGAUGGACUGAAAGGUGGGAGUUCUUUUCACCAAGGUGACAUUCUUAUCCGCAGCAAGAGGACUCGUUCUCGUCCAGGCCAGAUUAGUCAAAAGGUACCAUUUGAUUACUCACUACGAGCUUAUUUAGAAAUUAUAUUUUUAGUUCCUCGAAUGAAGAUAAGUGUACAAAGAACAUUGGUUAAAAGUCGACCAUUAUCAAAAUUCCUUACUCAAACUGUUAUUGAAACUGGUGACAUCUUGAGAAGGCCAGUUGAAUUAAUUCUUGGAUUUAGUCAAUUAGAGUGGGAGCGGGCAAACUGUGGAAUGUUUUUAUAUUGGCAUGGUCGCCUAAUUGAGGCUUACAAGAGAGUGGGUGGAAUGGCUCAUAGUGCAGAUGUUGGUCGGGGUGUAAUUGGUGUUGUUGAUGUGACCAAUUUAAUGGAUGACGAGGAUGGUCGGGUGUGGGUACAUAAUAACAAGCAGGGAUUCCAAGACUCAGAACAAUAUGCAUGUCUUGAGCAGUGGCUGGGUAGAAAAGUAGAUGAAUACUGGGACAACAAUUUUGAUGCUCUUGAGUUGAACAAAGAUAACUGUGUCUUCAAACCUGAUCAUGAGUGGGUUCAAUGUGACAAGUGCAGAAAGUGGAGAAUAUUACCUACAAAUUUUGAUAGCAGAAAAUUGCCUUUGCAAUGGUUUUGUUUUAUGGAGCCUUUCAAAGGUCAAUGUUCAGAUUCUGAACAGCAGAUGGCGCCUGGCAUAGUUAAUGUUUCCACAAAGAGGUCGGGCUAUGCUUGCUUGUUGAAGGAUUCCAACUAUAAAAAGUUGGAAGGUGUUACGAAAACCUCUGGCACAGAUGAUAAAUUAAUCAAUUCUAAGGAUGCCAAAUUUCCAGCAUUAAAGCGGUUGAGAAAGGGGCUAUGAAAACAGUAGGAUUUUGUUUUGGAUGAAUACGAAAACAGUAGGAUGUUAGAACUCCAACUAACCUUAGAUAGGAUAAGCUCACAACACAAACUUCUUUAUUUUUUGUGGGGCGGAGGGUAUCAGAGCAUUUGGGAUUAGAAUUGCCUCAGGUUUUGAUGGAAGGACAUAGUCUCCAUUCUACCCUAGUUCAAGUUUUGACGUCUGAAAAUUUCUGGAAACAGGGAUGCAGUAUCUUCUCUACUUUUCUGAAUUUCUGCUGUAUGGGUCAUGUAAAUUACAUUUCCAGCAUGCAAAUGAUUCAUAUAAAUCUCUCUAUCACAAGUUGGGUCUAUUCACCAAUAUUUCGGAUAUGUGUAGCAGAUGUUUUUCAUGGAUACUUCUAAGAGGAAACUAAAAAGUUAUUUAUAAAUUAUUUUUCUAAUC